AUGUCGAGUUUCAAUGGCGAAUGUGGUAUCGAGCCGAACGGUACAGAAAACGCCAUCAAGGCAGCUGAAGGUGCCAAACGAACCACAGUGCAGCAUCAACAAUUGCCACCUCGACCAAAACUCGUACCCAUUUACCCGUCAGCUCAAGCACAGACUCCACCAUCUUGUUCUACCGGUAUCGAGGGCAAGUUGAGAUCGACUCUUCCGUUCGAGUUCUCCGGAUUAUGCGCAGAGACAUGCAGUCAAGGAAGAGAGAAUGGCGUGUGGGCCUCAAUCAUCACCGCUCCCGCCUACGCACCAAUGCAGAGCUGGUUGACAGUGAUGCAGAGCCUCAUACGCCAUCCUGAGCGCAACUCUACCAACAUAUUGCGUGCCGAUAUUUUGUCCGAGAUCUUGGCUUCUGACAAAAGACCAGACGCGCUCAGCGAAGAUGCGCACGAGAAAGGGUGGAAACGGCAAUGGACGGUACGUAGAUCGUUGCUGCCCAGACGACCCAAUUUGGACUGGAGCAUGUUACAAGAUUGUUCGCUCUACUAUCGAUACAACUCAACGGCAAGGAAGACAAAAGACGAGCCAGAUUUUCACCAGCAGGAGAAGGCGGAGGAGGGGAACGGAGCGGAGGUAGAAGAAGCAGUGGUGGUGUACACCCCUUUAGUCGGUGAUGUAUCCCAUCCCAAGAUGGAUCUACCCGAGUCAUGCAAGCCCACAACAUCGACAACACCUCCAGCCGCAGCACAAGCACAGAUAGGUUACCCUCCGCCUCACGAAUCCUACAUUCCAUUCUACCAUCCAAAAGUUCGCGCCCUAGCAUUCCACUUUCACGCUAUUGCUCCUCAAGACUCUGCUGGAGAAACCAGGUUUGGUCAACUCGGGAUUUCGCUCAUUCCCUUCUCCUCUCCUCACAGCACCUUGGCGCCUCCAUCGUACCCACCGACACACCGACUUUCCCGCGUAAGCCUAUCGCUCCUGACCACGCUGCAUGUGCACACGUGGGGCGACCUGCAUUCGUACCGCAAACGAGUGCAUCACGAUCAGAUCGUGCCGCGCUCGCUCUACCAAGAUGUCUACCUUUCACUAAAAGCCAAGUACGCGUCCGAACUGAUAGCAGGAUGGAAAGAAGCGACGGAUCCAAGCAAGCAUGUCUUUGAAGAGAUGGGGAUCGCCGCUUUUCUCAUCGGAUUGUGGGAGCUCCACUAUCGAAAGCAAGCAGAUGACGAACGAGAGUGGAAGAAUAGUGUAAAGUUUGUCGAUGUGGGCUGUGGGAAUGGACUGCUAACCCAUAUCCUAAUGCGGGAAGGAUUCAUUGGAGUAGGACUCGACAUGAGAGAACGUAAAAGCUGGCCAUCCUUUCGCCUGCACGGUUCAGUCUUGCAGGAAUGGACAUUCAACCCUUCCAACCUCGUCUCUUCGCCCUCGCCCGACAAGUUGGAACCAGAGAUAUGGAAGGGUGCAUGGCUUAUCGGCAACCACGCCGAUCAACUUACACCCUGGCUUCCCCUGCUUGCCACCCACUACCGUUCGGCGGGAUUCAUCAACCUUCCCUGUUGUUACUACGCUCUCGAUGGCACCCGUGACUUCCCAUUGUUACUCAAAGCGGAAGCAGGCGAAAACGUGUCGAGAAACGAGCAGUAUUUAGCCUACGUGAGUCACCUGCAUCGGUGGAGCGGUUGGAAAGUCGAGUUGGAUCCAUUAAGGAUUCCGAGUACGAAGAAUUGGUGUUUCAUCGGGAGGACAAGGGAGACUGCGUCGGUAGAAGCUGUGCAAGGAGAUCAGGACAGCUUGUUGACGCAGAGAGUGAAAAAGGCGGUCGAGCAGGCAUCAUGUGGUGCAUGGGGCAAACAGAUUCCACGACCGUCUGACAAGACUUGA